AGGGAUGACUCUGGAAACGCCUCCUCCACUAUAAAUGGAAGCUCCAUCCUAUUCCAAGAUCCAGAUCAAGUGCGAUCUCUGGAGUUCCUUGAAGCUACGCAGUGCUCCCUUCUUCUUCUUCUUCUACGCAUCAUCUGAAAGAAACCAUCUGAUCACCGGCUCACAAUGAGGCGCUCGCCGUUCCUUGUACUGUUCGUUGUCCUUUUCUUGGCCUCGUGUGCUGCGCCGGCAGCUAACGGGCUGAUGCCGUAUUACGGGAGGCUGUGGGACAUGAUGAUGCCCGCCGCCUACGACGAUCCCUUCCGCAUCCUGGAGCAGACACCCUUCACCGUCCCCAAGGCCGUGGACGCGCUCGCGCUCGCACGCGCUGACUGGAAGGAGACCCCCCACGCGCACGUCAUCUCCCUCGACGUCCCAGGGGUGAGGAGGGAAGACAUCAAGGUAGAGGUGGAGGAGAAUCGGGUGCUGAGGAUAACGGGCGAGAGGAAGGGCGAGGAGGAGGAGGUGGAGGGCGAGAAGUGGCACCGGGCCGAGCGGAUGGCCGGCAAGUUCUGGCGGCAGUUCCGGCUGCCGGCUAGCGCCGACGUGGACGCCGUUAAGGCCCACCUGGAGGACGGCGUGCUACGGGUGACGGUGCCGAAGCUCGUCGAGGGGACAAGGAGGCAGCCGAGGCUGAUCAACAUCGCGCAGGAGGCCGACAAGGGUGGCGAGGACAUCAAGGCCUCCAAGGCUGUUGUGUGAUCAUCUUAUAUAUCUACCUACCUAUUUGAUGUCGAUGGUGUGAUGCGUCACAUUACUUAUAUGUAUGCAAAUAAAUCUUUCAUGAGUGCAAGAAAUGCUAUCACAAAAAGCUGUAAUAAUAAUAAGAUAUAUUGGAACUUUUGUA